AUGUCUCUUCAGGGUUGGAGUCAAAUAUUCUUGGUUUGCUUUUUCAUAUUAUUGAUGCUGUUAAAUUAAUUAUUAAUUAAUUCAUAAUGGAAGAGGAAGGAUAUAAAUAAGUGCAGAACUAUAUUUUAUGUAAAUUUAUUUGUUCAACAAGAGCGCACAUUGGGCUAAGGAACUUUUGGCAAGGUCAAACUAGGUUACCAUACUAUUGCUGACGAAUAUGUAGCAAUAAAAAUACUCGAAAAAAGUAGAAUAGAAAAUCAAUGUGAUUUAAUAAGAGUUUAAAGGGAAAUCUCCAUCCUACGAAAGGUAUGUCAUUCUAAUGUAAUCAAAUUGUAUGAGAUCUUAGAAUCUGAGUCAUGUGUCUAUCUCGUGAUGGAAUAUGUAAAGGGUGGAGAAUUGUAUGAAUACAUAAUAAAGAAGAAAUACCUGCCAGAGCAUAUAGCAGUUCGCUACUUUUAGUAGUUAGUCUUUGCAACAGAAUAUUUACAUUCAUAAAAUAUAACUCACAGAGAUCUGAAACCAGAAAAUCUUUUGCUUGAUGAGAAUAGAUAACUGAAGAUUGCAGAUUUUGGACUCAGUUUCAUCUCGUAAACUAAAGGUGAAUAUCUUAAAACUGCGUGCGGAUCACCUUGUUAUGCUGCACCAGAAAUGCUUGUUGGUAAAACUUAUGAAGGAACUAAAAGUGACAUCUGGAGUUGUGGCAUAAUUUUAUUUGCUAUGCUAUGUGGAUAUCUACCUUUUGAACAUGAGAACACAUAAUAAUUAUAUGAAUUGAUAAAGAACAGCGAUUUUGAAAAACCAGAACACCUAUCAAAAAAUGCCUAGGAUAUGUUAACCAAAAUUCUAGUUAAAGAUCCAACCAGACGAUAUAACUUCGAAUAAAUAAAGUAACAUCCAUUUUUUUAGUUACAUGCUUCAAUCCCAACCAAGAAUCUAAGUUUGAAUGACUAAAACGUCAUUUAAAAGAUGAUAGAAAUGGGAUAUUAACAAAAUUAAAUAAUAGUCCAAUUGCAAUCAAAUAAGCAUAACACUUUAACCACUAUAUAUUUCCUUUUAUAAAAAAAAUACAAUUCAACUCAUCGACAAAGCUUUUUUUAAAAUAUUUAAAAUAUCGGAAAUCUAAAACUUGAUAUUAACCAAAAAAGAUUCACUCUUGCCAAAUUCUAACCUUCUCAAUAGGGAUCACCUCUUCUGGAUAAAAUUGAUAAGAUUAAAAAAUCGAUUAGAUCCAGAUUAGAUAAUUCCCCUUAUUUAAAAACUUAGAUCUCCUAAAGAUUUAAGAAAGUAAAUUUAUCUGUUUAAUCCAAACGAGUCAGUAUUCAAAUCGAAAACUAAAGACAAAAAACUAAUUCUGUUUAAGAAAAACAUUAUGAUUAUCCUUGCAUCUUCACAUCCAAUAACUCUGAUCAGAAGUAAUAAUAAUAAAUAGAACAAACCAAAUCCAGAAUUCAAUCUAGAAAGAACUCCAAAAAUCAGGCACCUUAUAAAAUUUUGUAAAGAAGAAAUAUAGAAUAAGCAAUCAAAACAGACUUUAAUGAAGAGUACUAAAGUAAUUAGAAAGCUAUUUACGCUUAAGUAAGACAAAGAAAUAAAACACAACCACAUAAAAGUGAAGAAGGGCAAAAAUACUUCGAUAAAGGUACCAAAUUGAAUACAUCUCAUUAAAUGGUGGAAAAGACACCAUAACAUUCCCCUUACAUAAAUAUGAACUUCAGUAAUCAUCGACAAUUGUUUAAAUAGAUAUAUAAUGGAAACUUACAGGAUUAUAUGAAGAAAAAAAAGGAUCUUAAGACCCAAAAAUUGAUGAAUGAUCAACCCUGA